UUUUUGGUUUUUUAUGAGAACUAACGCCUUUGUUUCCGUCUUCUUCUGCCCGAAAGAACAGCGGAACAGCGGAGGCUGCAGAGCUCCAACCCCAAGCGCUUUGUGCGAGACCCGGAAGCGGAAACCAGUCCAAGAACCUUGCGAAGCCCCGCCAUGUCGCCAAUCAAGGUAUACGCCCACAGGUGGUCGCAACCCUGCCGCGCCGUCAUCAUCUUCUGCAGGGCGAACAAGAUCGAUUUCGAGGAGGUCACGGUGGAUCUGUUCAAGUCUCAGAACCUCACCCCUGAAUUCAGAAAGAUAAACCCAAUGGCACAAGUGCCUGCAAUUGUGGAUGGAAGGUUUAAACUGUUUGAAAGUCAUGCCAUUUUGAGGUAUCUUGCGACGGUCUUCCCUGGAGUUGCAGAUCACUGGUAUCCAGCUGACUUGUUUACCAGAGCCAAAAUUGAGUCAAUCUUGGAUUGGCAUCACUCAAAUUUGCGUCUUGGUGCAGGAACCUUUGUAUACUACACUGCAUUGGCACCAUUUCUUGGCCUUAGGCCACGUCCAGAGGCUACAAAACAUGCAGAAAAAGUGCUGAUGCAAUCCCUGGCAAGGAUUGAAUCUGUAUGGCUAAAAGGUGACGCCAAGUUUUUACUGGGUAGUCGUCAACCAUCAAUCGCAGAUCUAAGCCUUGUUUGCGAGAUAAUGCAAUUGGAGGCUCUUGGUGAUGAUAUGCGGAACAAAUUUCUGGGAGGUCAUGAGAGGAUCCUCGCUUGGAUCGACAACGUGAAGAAAGCCACGAGUCCUCACUUUGAACAAGCCCAUGUAUUCCUCUUCGAAGUGAAGGCACAAAUGCAAAGCAAGGCCGCCGUGGCAGCAAAACUGGGUGCUUCCGAGGCAAGCUCAAAGCACAAAUUCGCAUCGAAGCUUUGAUAGAUUGUGUUGAGAGAGAAGCGACGAGGGUUCAAUAUAGUUAGAUUGAAAGAAGAGUAUAAACUGUGUCCACCAUUUUGCUGCCUAGGCCCUGGAUUUUUCCUGUGGUUAAAAUUGAUCCAUCCUUUCAUCCUUUGGCGUGGUAAUGUGCAACUCCAAAUUUCAGUUUUGUGCUUCAUUUUGGCUAAUAUAGUGUGGAAGUGUGCCUAGGCAUGUCCUAGUUUGAGUUA